AUGUUAGGCUUGAUAGAGACAAAAAAAGAGGUUUUGACUAAAUUUGACGUAGUACAACUGUGGGGUAAUGAUGUAGUAGGAUGGGAGUUUGUGGGAUCGGAAGGUGCCUCUGGUGGUCUACUGUUGAUGUGGGAUGAAACGGUUUUUAAUAUGAGAAAUUGUCAUAAAGGAGCUAGAUGGUUAUGUGUGGAUGGAGUGCUGGUUAAAAAUAAUUUUCGGUGUGCCUUCUGUCUAGUUUAUGGUGAGCAUAUUAGGGAGGAAAAGCUUAUUGUGUGGGAGGAGCUGAGUUUCAUAUCAGGCUUAUGUCAAUUACCUUUCUGCUUUAUGGGAGAUUUUAAUGAGAUUACUCAAUUAGAGGAGAGAAAGGGGGCUACUUCUAUGCCGGUAUCCGCAGUUGAGUUUAAAGAUUGGAUUCAAGAUAUGGAGCUUGUGGAUCUCGUUUUGUCUGAUUGUAGGUUCACAUGGUUCAGGGGCCAGUCAUGUAGUCGUAUUGAUAGAGUACUGGUUAGCUUGGAGUGGCUGGAAGAGUUUCCUGAAACAAGAUUACGAGGAGGGCCACGAGGGUUGUCAGACCAUUGUCCGUUGGUCAUGGAUGUCACACGGAUGGGAGGGGGACCCAAGCCUUUUCGAAGUUUGGAUUCUUGGUUUACUCAUGAUGGGUUUUUGAGGAUGGUGAAGGAGGAGUGGAGGAGCAUAGGGGAGAGACAAUUCUUGGACAAGCUCAAGGCUAUGACGACCCCACUGCGCAGAUGGCAUAGAGAAAAUUUUGGAGAUAUGGAUAGGAGGAUUGAUAGGUUUGAAGAGGAGAUCAGGAAGGUUGAUGCAGUUUGCGGAUGA